UUCCAUCUUCACUGAGAUCUAUCACAAACUGAACAUCAUUCACGAGGAAGUGAGACACAUACUGUAUACAGGAAGGCUUUCCAAAGAAACAGAGAUGUCAUAUCAAAAAGAAGCGAUGACUACCCAGCCUCAGAUGACUGUAACCAGCUACACUGUCUCUCACUGGAGCUCUGAUGUCUGUGACUGUUGUGACGACUGUGGAAUCUGUCUGUGUGGGGCAUUUAUUCCUUGCAUUUUGGGAUGUAAGGUGGCCCAGGAUAAUGGUGACAGCUGCUGUUUGCCCUUCCUGCCCGGUGCUAUGAUUGCACUGAGAACCAGCAUCCGUGACAGAUACCAUAUUAAUGGCUCUGUCUGUGAUGACUGGGUGAUUAUGACCUGCUGUUCUUUGUGUGGACUCUGUCAGAUGGCUCGAGAACAGAAGGCAAGAGGCUAAAUUGAAAAGAAAACGAAGAGGAUAAAAUGGCUAAUUUAAAAAAAAAAUGCCUCGAUUGCUGGAAUUGUUUUCAUCGUCUUCUCUUUAUUUUUUUUAUAUUCCAAAAUAUCAAUGAUUUAUGUGAUCCUUCAAGUACAGUUUAUGUAUAUAAAAUCAUGUUACUAAUAGGUUUUACAUUAGGAAGUCAUACUUUUUUGCUUUAGUCUAGUGGCUUGUCCUUUCACAGUUAAAUAUUUUCAAAUAUUUGCCUUCCCAAAAUUAGGGCUAAAUAUAUAAUGAUGGUGAUAAUUAUCACAUACAUUUCAAGAUUUCUCUCUUGAAAAAACAAUUGGAUCAAGCAUUGUGACCGCUGUCUGAUCUUAUUUACUCUGCAUGGAACCUUUUUGGUUCCUCUUUCUCAUCUUUAAAAGAGAGAGAACGCCUGUCAUAGUUUUGCAAAAUUAUCAGGGAAGGUUUCACGAUGGUAAGAUACUGAAUCACAUUGAUGUUUAAAUAGAGACUGUUUUCAAGCAGAAUAGUCAAUGUAAUGAAAUAAAUUAAUGAAAGAUAAGAUUUCAGACUAUAAAGAUUUGCUCACUGGUUUAGAACCUGUGAAUCUGAGAUUUUUCUCUGUAUUUUAUCUUGUUAACACUAAAGAGCAUAGUUUGACAAAUAUCUACCUGUCUACUUUGUUUACAGUGACAGGUUUUACGCCUUUGUACAUGUAUGUCCAUAUGCUGAACAAACACUUUUAAUGUAAAUAGAAUAAAGGUAAAAGGGGUCUAAGAAGUGGGAACUUGGCAGUUGAAAAGUCAUGUACAUGUACAAGUUUGUUUCUGAGUUCUGUUUUCUGUUGCCCUGCAUGCAUAUAAAUUGGUUACUUCCCAUUCAUAAUCUUAAAAGUGAUUUUAUUCAUUUCAAUAAAUAAAUAAAACAUCCAUAAGUUCUUUCAAUAUUUGUUACAUUUGAAGAAAAAAUUAAAUGCAAAAAUAUGUGACCAAAUCCAGGCUAAAGUCUAAAAAUCGAAUUAUGAGAUAAGCAUCAACGCUUGAUUUCAACCAUAAGUUUCACUAUGAUUUCAAUCUUUGACAUGGUCUUACUCAGUUUAAACUGAUCAUGACCUCUCAGUCUUUUAUUUCUAGCAGCUGGCUGUAUUAAGCUCUCAGUAUUAGUUGCUGCUCACACUGAGUGAAGAACCUCGUAGUGUUAGACUUUGAAGUAAGACAGGGAGUUUCAUUUUAAAGUGGAAUUGAAAAAUAAGGCAGAUUCUACAUGUUGUGAAAUGAUCAUAAGGGGCAAUAUUCAUCUGCCUCCCUAAACUUGCCUUCAAGUUUCAGGAGUUGCGUAGAGAUCCCUGAUUCUGGACUGCUAGGUAGGCUUGACAUAAAAAUUGCCAUCGGAGAGUGUGUGCCGAGGCUCUGAGCAGACGACCGCGCCGACAGGUGAGCGUGUCAGUAGGCUUCAAAAGCACAAUUGCACAUGUGCAGGCAGUGUGAAGAAACUCAGUGCUACUAGAAACUGUGCAAUCCAUCAAUAAAAGAAUAUAAAGACAGCAAUGUGCAAUAAUUCUGGGCAAUUGUUUGUUCACGUUUGUUGCAGAGCUGAACAUCAGCAUGCGCUUUCGGAAGUAUAAAUGGAAGAAGUCCGCGUCCGGAUUGCUCAUGCGGAAAGCAUAACACAAG